AUGAAGCUCAGCUUGAUCGUCAUGGCCCUUCUUGGCCUCGCCAUGGGCGCCACUUCGGAGCAAAACACCGCCGACAUUGGAUCCACCAAGGUCACUGACGGAACUCUCGGCAUCGACUACUGUGGCGAACGCUGCGAAUAUGACUGGGAGUGUCGUCGCGGGGAACGUUGCCAUGAUUGCUACCGUCAACGCGGUGAGCGCUACGGCCACUGCCGUCGUAGACGCUCUGAUGAUGCUUGA